CUGGAUGUCACUCUGAGCACUACAGAGACUCUGGUGUUAGUAAGCCGUGAAACCACCGAGUCCUACUGGUGUGCAGAGAACACAAAAGGGAAGCUGUUGUCGUCACAGAAGGAAAACUCUAAAGCAAAAUCCAGCCUCAAACGUGGUGCAGCAAAAGAUGUUGAGAAACUGAACUAUGGCUGAAUUUAUAUUUGUUAAAGACAUUCAGGGAACUGGAUUUUAUAGAUGCUUGUGCAUGGGGUAUUGGAAAGAAGAAAGGCCAAGUGUGAUCCUCGACUUUUACAUCCCAAUGAUAAAAACAUAGAGAAUGAAACCAAAAAGACAGGGAAGAGUCUGACUGGGGGAGUGUAGCUUUAAUGUAUCCAAGGUGAGGUUGAAUAUAGGUGGGAUAUCAGGGAUUUGAUCAAGAAACUUGGUAUUGAUUGCAUAGAGCUUAGAAAAAAAUCAGGGUUAAAAACUUAGAUUUUUGAAUAAUGGCAUCAGGAUGACUUUUAAAAGCAUGUAGAAUGAUCCUUAACCCCCUAAGAAAAAUAGUCCUUUGGACAAAAUCUGCAUCGUUACAUGUAUCCUGAUUGUUCCUACACCCCAGGAAAGGCUGUUGUGAAAUACUUCUUUGCAGAUUCAUAUCAUCAUACAAUUGCCUUCUUCAAAAAGUGUCUGCUAUAUCUGAGAUUUUCUGCCUAUGAAGUAAGAAAUGGUUUUGCCUCUUGUCAAGGGAAUAACGUUCAUGUUUCUAAUAGGACUUGGGAUUAUGGGGAAUAUCUAUGUGUUUGUGAACUAUAUGUGCUUGUUUAGAGGAGUCAAGAGGAAAUCUAGUCACCUCCUUCUCAUCCAUUUGGCUUUUACAAAUAGCAUAACACUUAUUACAGGAGGAAUGCCAAGAACAAUAUCCAGUUUGGGGUUCAGAGACCUCCUAGGUGAUAUAGGCUGUAAGACUGCGAUUUAUCUGGAGAGGGUGGCCCGGGGCCUGUCCAUCUGCACAACAAGUCUCCUCACAGUGGUCCAGGCCAUCACCAUCAGUCCCAGAGCCUCCAGGUGGGGGAGGCUGCAGCCCAGGUCUGCAUGGCACCUGCUUCCCUUGUUAGUCUUCCUGUGGAUACUCAAUUCCUUGAUAAGCAUGAACUUACCACUUUACAUUUAAAAAGCCAGCAGCAUGAACAGUUCAGAAAUUAGAAUAAAUGAGAACUACUGUUAUUUUCUACAGCAAAACUCAACAAUCAGAUGGAUUUUUAUUGUUCUCAUGGUCCUUCGAGAUGCUGUGUUCCAGGGUGUCAUGGGCGGGGCCAGUGGCUACAUGGUCUUCCUCCUCCACAAGCACCACCAGCACGUGCUCCACCUUCAGACCUCCAAGGUCCUCCACAGAACCCCCCCUGAAGUGAAGGCUGCAAAGAGUGUCCUCGUUCUGAUGCUCUGCUUUCUCUUCUUCUAUUGGGCAGAUUGUUUCAUGGCUUUAUAUGUAACUUUCUCCUUAGAGAAGCGUUUCAUAGAAGUAAGUGUUCUACAACUUGUGAACCUUGGCUAUGCAAUCCUCAGCCCAUUUGUGCUGAUGCACAGGGAUGGACACCUGGCUGAGUGUUGGCCUGGUCACUAGAGAGACAAACAUUGAGACCAUGUGUGU